CUGGAGAGGAGAAGACUGGGAAGGGAUCCCAUCAAUCCACACCAAUAUCCCCAAGGGGUGUCAGAGUGGUGCCCCAGCGACAGGACAAGGAGAAAUGGCCAUAAAAUAAAACACAACAAGUGCCCCCUCAACAUGAGGCAGAACUUCUCUCCAUGGAGGUGGCAGAGCCCGGAACAGCUGCCCAGGGAGGGUGUGGAAUCUCCCUGUCUGGAGACAUCCCAAACCCACUUGGACAUGUCCCUGUGUCACCUGCUCCAGGUGACCCUGCCUGAGCAGGGGAUUGGGCUGGGUGAUCUCCAGAGGACCCUUCCAACCCCAACCAUUCUGUGAUCCAGGAUGUCCCAUUUUGCAGGAGCUGGAGCUCAGCACAGGUUUGAUGAGCUGGGCAGGGCCAGGGUGCUGGUCCAUGUCACUGGGGCUUUGCUCCCAUAUUGGAUCCCUGGCACAGGUUGUGCCUCCUGGUGUUGCAAAAUGUGGAAUAUGUAGAGAUUAUCUUAAGUCAGGAUGUUCUUUGAUGUUUGAUCUUUGUGUUGUUUCCUGAUCAACAAGGAAAGAGACCUGAUCAGUGGGACAGGCAGCAGCUGCAUCCCUUAGGGAAGGACAUCCUGGAACCAACAGGCAUUCAGGGUGAAGUAAAGAUGUUGAUGUGUGCCUAUGUACACGUUGCUAAUUGGCAAAAUGCUCAAGGCUUCUGAAUGUGGCACAAAAAAGAGCACAUCAACUGAAGGCAAUGAACCCUGUGAAAAGAAGCCCAGGGCACAACAAAUCACUCUAGAAGAUAUCUGUAACCCGUUGAAGACUCAGGAAAAAAAAGAACCUCAGAAGCAUGAAAAGCCCUGUAUAUGUUUGGAAACUCUAGACAGACUGAGAGAAUUCUGCAGUGAUUCAGACCAGCAGUGUACCAGAAUCCAGGAUGGUUUUCAGGAGAAGGAGUCCGAGAGUUUGAAAAAAUGUCCCAGUAUUACUGGGAGAAGUUCAGAAUUGAAGAUCCCUCUUCCAUCUUGGGACACUGACGCAAGGGUUGCUCAGAAGGAGGAGGUACGAUGUGAUCUUAGUCAGUUUUCUGCAUCUCUUAAGUCCUAUGAAAAUACUCAGAAUGCUUUGGAUACAAAUCUUAAUAAAAGAACCAAAAGCAUUUACACUCCAUUAGAACUUCAGUUCAUAGAAAUGAAGAAACAGUAUAAAGAUGCUGUUUUGUGUGUGGAAUGUGGAUACAAAUACCGCUUCUUUGGAGAAGAUGCAGAGAUUGCAGCUAGAGAACUGAACAUCUAUUGCCACCUGGAUCACAACUUCAUGACUGCCAGUAUUCCGAGCCACCGGCUGUUUGUCCACGUGCGGCGCCUCGUGGCAAAGGGACAUAAGGUUGGAGUAAUAAAACAAAUGGAAACUGCAGCGCUGAAAGCUGCUGGAGAAAACAAAAGCUCUCUCUUCAGCCGUAAGCUGACUGCUCUCUACACUAAGUCUACACUUAUUGGAGAAGAUGUGAACCCUUUGCUGAAGCUGGAUGAUUCUGUGGAUGUUGAAGAGGUAACAAGAGAUGUCCCUGAUAACUACCUCCUCUGUUGCUGUGAAAAUGGAGAAAACCUAAGGGGCAGGAAGACAGGUGACAUUGUUAUAGGCAUUAUGGUGAUCCAACCAACUACUGGAGAAGUAAUUUUUGACUGUUUUCGGGACUCUGCGUCUCGCUCAGAAUUGGAGAGUCGAGUUUUGCGCCUGCAGCCAGUUGAAAUAAUUCUUCCAUCCAGGUUGUCAGAUCAAUCUGAAAAGCUCAUCAGCAGUAUAACCUCCAGGAGGUUACAGGAUGACAGAAUUAGGAUAGAAAGGAUGCAAAACCUCAAUUUUGAAUACAGCCAUGCUUUCCAGGUGAUUACUGACUUCUAUGCAAAAGAAGUGCCUGGUACCACAGGUCCUCAAAAACUAUCUGUAAUACUAAGCUUGGAUAAGCCUGUUAUUUGCUCUCUGGCAGCAGUAAUUGCAUACCUCAAAGAAUUUAAUUUGGAAAGGAUGCUUUACGAUCCAAGAAAUUUCAAACAGUUGUCCAGUGAAACUGAAUACAUGACAAUUAAUGGGACAACAAUGAAAAAUCUUGAAAUUUUGCAGAAUCAGAUGGACAUGAAAACAAAAGGAAGUCUACUCUGGGUCUUGAAUCAUACUAAAACUUCCUUUGGACGUCGAAGACUGAAGAAAUGGGUGACCCAACCUCUCAUGAAAUCCAGUGAAAUAAAUGCCCGGCUUGAUGCUGUGUCUGAAAUUCUGCUGUCAGAAUCCAACGUGUUUGGUCAGAUUCAAAAUCUUCUUUGUAAGCUGCCAGAUUUAGAGAGAGGCCUCUGCAGUGUUUUUCACAAAAAGUGCUCAACACAAGAGUUCUUCCUGAUUGUCAGCACCCUGUCUCGCCUGCACUUGGAAAUCCAAGCUCUUGUCCCAGUGCUGCAUUCCCAUGUGAGAUCUCCGCUAUUAAAAAGUGCACUGCUGGAAGUCCCAGAGCUUCUCUCUCCAGUAAAACAUUAUUUAAAGAUCCUUAAUGAAGAAGCAGCCAAGACUGGAGAUAAAACCCAGUUGUUCAAGGACCUUACAGACUUCCCUGUCAUCAGAAAGAAAAAGGAGGACAUCCAGGGGGUGCUUUCUAAAAUCCAAUUGCAUCUGCCAGACAUUCGUAAACAGAUUAAGAAUCCUUCUGCUGAGUAUGUUACAGUUUCAGGUCAAGAGUUUCUGAUAGAAGUCAAGAAUUCCCAUAAAUCAUUUGUGCCAUCUGACUGGGUUAUGAUUAGUAGCACAAAAGCUGUGAGCCGCUUCCACUCUCCUUUUAUCAUAGAAAAUUACAGGCAUCUGAAUCAGCUCCAGGAGAAGCUCAUCCUUGACUGCAGCGCUGAGUGGCUGAACUUCUUAGACCAUUUCAGUGAACAUUAUCACUCUGUGUCUAAAGCCAUUGGUCACCUAGCAACUGUCGACUGCCUGUUCUCUCUUGCCCUGGUGGCUAAACAAGGAGACUACUGCAGACCAGUUGUGCAAGAUAAUCGGCAAGAAAUAAUUAUAAAAAAUGGGAGGCACCCUGUGAUUGACGUACUCCUGGGAGAACAGGAUCAGUAUGUUCCAAAUACCACUAACCUUUCAGGAGAUGGUGAAAGGGUCAUGAUAAUAACUGGGCCUAACAUGGGAGGAAAGAGCUCCUACAUAAAGCAAGUGGCCUUGAUCACAGUCAUGGCACAGGUCGGUUCUUAUGUUCCUGCGGAGGAAGCGACAAUUGGAAUUGUGGAUGGUAUUUUUACCAGAAUGGGUGCAGCAGACAAUAUCUACAAAGGCCGAAGUACCUUCAUGGAAGAACUGACAGAUACUGCCGAGAUAAUAAGAAAAGCCACACCAAGAUCCCUGGUGAUCCUGGAUGAGUUGGGCAGAGGGACAAGCACACAUGAUGGAAUUGCCAUCGCUUAUGCUACACUUGAACACUUUAUUAGAGAUGUGGAGUCCCUGACCCUGUUUGUCACUCACUAUCCCUCAGUUUGUGAGCUGGAGAAGCUGUAUCCAGACAAAGUUGGUAAUUACCACAUGGCUUUCCUGGUGAAUGAGGAGGAAACUGGUGAACAAAAAGGAUCUGAAGUUGAAGAGAAUCCUGAAUUUAUCACUUUUCUUUAUCAAAUAAUUAAAGGAAUCUCAGCAAGGAGUUAUGGGCUAAAUGUUGCCAAACUGGCAGAUAUUCCUGAAGAAAUCUUGAAGAAGGCAGCUCACAAAUCAAAGGAGUUGGAGAAAAUAGUGAAUAUGAAAAGAAAGAAAAUGAAGUGUUUUGCUGAAGCGUGGAAGAUAAAUGAUUCUCAGGAACUGCAGAAGUGGAAAAGUAUGUGUGAACCUGAAGAUGAAAGAAAGGACAGUUUUUAAUCCUCAGAUCAUGGUUAAAGAUGGAAGAUAUUGGAGGUGCAAAAUAUAGGUCUGGAGAGUAAUAGAUUCUAUCAGGGGGUAGUUCUGGUGCACUAAGUUGACUUUUUUGCCUUCUGAGAGAUAAGAGAUGCUGCGCUGUGUGUAAUUUUUCUCUCUCCACAUCCCUUCCCUUUUCACCCUUCUUCUUAAUUGCAAAAUGUCUACUGGCAUUGGAUCUAAUACGUUUAGAAAAUAUGAAAAAAAUUACUGAUAAAUUAUUAAGUAAAUAUUUUAUAAAUAAAAUAAUGUGUUUCAUCUUUAUUGAACUUCAAUUUCUAAAGAAAUAUUUCUCUGUGUUAGGAGAAUGUAGCUGAGUCUCAGCUGUGCUGUACUGCUGUGCAACUGGUAGGAAUGGGUACUAUUAGAGAGACCUUUUUUCUUGUUAUAGUGUUAAUGCAUUUAAAAUUCACUGGUUUUUUAGAGCACCCUUUGCUCCUGAUCUUGUCCCUCUCUGACAUGGUCUGGGUAAAGACUUAAUGCCGAAAAUAAUCUUGGAGUAUUGUAGGGUGAGUGAAAGGAGCAAUUCAGACUGUGCAGCUGGUGCAGCCCCAGUGCUCUGUCAAGAACAGAGCAAAGCUGAAAAAUACGGAAGUGUAUUUUUAUUUCCGGUUAUCAAUGCCAAAUUUCAUAUGGGAACAUGAUAUCCAAAUUGUUUUUCCCUUGUAAAUAACCAGGUUAAAUAUGUUGCUGUGAAAAUGGACCAUGAUGUUGGUGGACAUAUUCCUGAGGGACUGACCCUGUAAAGGGACCCACACUGGAGCAGCUGCUGAAGGACUGCAGAAAACUUUUUUACCUGCAAUUUUUUUACCUGCAAUUUUUUAACUGCUAAUGUUAAACAAACACUUCUGUCCAGGUUCUUCAGAUGGCAAAACAUCAUUUAAACAAAUACUUUGUCUGCCACUCAAAUAGCAGCGAUCAAUGUGAGCUCCUCCUUCCAGACCCUGCAAUGCCUUGACUUAAACUGCAAGAGCUGAAGAGGAAAAUUAGGCUUUCAGGCUGUGUUAACACACGUGUGUUUAUCUAAACCAGACAUUGUGGAACCUAAUGAAUGCAAUACUCUGUUAUUAAUGUGCACAGAUGCAGGGCUUUGGAUCUAAAGGCCUCUGACCAGAGUUAUCAAAGAGAAUAAAUGAGCCAUUGCUAAAUUCCUGUAUGUGUUAAAUGUGCUUUUAGUCGUUUCCCUCAAGGGAGCAGCCAGACUAUGCUCUGACAGGAAAAAAAAAGACCUGGAUGCAGUGAAAACAGUGAAGAAAUACAAUUAAGUAUAGACGUGGUAUUGCUGUUUGCUCAUACUAUUGAGAACAAAGCAAUCACAGCAGCGUUGUAAUGUCUGUGAUCACACUGGAAACAGCUGCUUGUUUCUAGCCCUGCUGAAUCCAGCAGUGGAGGUUAUCUUGCUAUCCCAGUAAGGUUUCUUGUAGACAUACAAGCUAAUUACUAAAGCUGCUGUUUUAUUCACUGUCCUCAGAGAGAGAUGAGAAGCUGUUCUUUUUUUAUUUUUAAAUUAUUAUUAUUCUUUUAUUUGCAGUUCCAGCACAUUCCUGCACAAGUUGGCAGCCAGUCACUAGUAGUGUCCCCCAGGGAUCAGUGUUGGGCCCAGUUCUGUUUAAUAUCUUUAUUGAUGGUUUAGAUGAGGGGAUUGAGUCCACCAUCAGCAAAUUUGCAAAUUACACUAAGUUGGGGGGGAGUGUUGAUCACUUGGAAGGCAGGAGGGCUCUGCAGAGGGACCUGGACAAGCUGGAGAGAUGGUCUGAUUCCAAAGGGAUGAGGUUGAACAAGGCCAAGUGCCGGGUCCUGCUCUUUGGCCACAACAACCCCCUGCAGUGCUACAGGCUGGGGACAGAGUGGCUGGAGAGCAGCCAGGCAGAAAGGGACCUGGGAGUUUGGAUUGACAGGAAGCUGAACAUGAGCCAGCAGUGUGCCCAGGUGGCCAAGAAGGCCAAUGGCAUCCUGGCCUGGAUCAGGAACAGUGUGGCCAGCAGGUCCAGGGAAGUGAUUCUUCCCCUGUACUCAGCACUGGUGAGGCCACACCUGGAGUGCUGUGUCCAGUUCUGGGCCCCUCAGUUCAGGAAGGACAUUGAGGUGCUGGAGCAGGUCCAGAGAAGAGCAACAAGGCUGGUGAAGGGCCUGGAGCACAAGUCCUAUGAGGAGAGGCUGAGGUUGCUGGGGCUGUUUAGCCUGGAGAAGAGGAGUCCUAGGGGAGCCCUCAUCACUCUCUACAACUCCCUGAAAGGAGGUUGUAGCCAGGUGGAGGUUGGUCUCUUCUCCCAGGCAACCAGCAGUAGGAGAAGAGGGCACAGUCUUAAACUGUGCCAGGUGAAGUUUAGGUUGGACAUUAGAAAGAAAUUCUUUUCAGAGACAGUGAUUGGCCAUUGGAAUGGGCUGCCCAGGGAGGUGGUGGAGUCACUGUCCCUGGAGGUGUUUAAGAAGAGACUGGAUGUGGCACUCAGUGCCAUGGUCUAGUAACCACGGCAGUGUUGGAUCAAGGGUUGGACUUGAUCUUGGAGGUCUUUUCCAACCCGACUGAUUCUAUGAUUCUAAGAUUCUAAAAUUCCUAAAAAGAAUUUAAAGUACAGUUUUGGUAGUGGAAUCAUCCUGGAGAUGUGCCCUAUUUUUAAAUCAGAGUAAUAAAGUUUUGUCUGUGUGCUGAGUCAACAGGUUUUAUUCUGUAAGUUUAAGGUGUAAGGUUAAAGAAAAGUGGCCUGUGCUUAGAUGGGUCUCUGUCAUAGCAGGAAUUCAUGCUAGUCUUGGGUUUGCUUCAAGAAACGAGUGUUUAAAUCUUGUUAUCUAAAUAUUAAUAUUUUUGGAAACCUGCAUAAGGCAUUAGCUCCUACUGCUGUGCCAGCAUGGUAUUGGCGUGGUUAAAAUUUAAUAUUCAUAUGAAAAAUACAGCUUUUUGCUAUACAUCAAGGUACAGUCUGCUUGAAAAACUUCUGCACUUCAUGGGGUUUACCCCUUUUUUUAAAGGUGGUGUUUAUCACUUUCAUGAGCUUUUUCAUUGUUCUCUUUUCUCUGUUCUUAACAGAAAAAUGUUAAUGCUUUUGUCCAUCUUGUCUUGAAGGUGUCACCUUCAGAGAUCACAGUGCCACAGGUGAGGAGCAAAAACUGGCAGAGCAUUUUGAUGAGAGAGAAGGAGAGGGAGGGCUGGGUGCACUGUCACUGCCUUUGUGUGUUUGGUUAUAUAAAAAAGUCAUUAUGGAAUACGCAGAGUAAAAUACAUUACCAGUACAAUUACCUCUAUUGCUGGCAGACAACAUCUGUCACUGAAGUAAUUCUCCAGAGGAUUUCUCUUUGUGUUGCAAAGUUUUCCAGCAGUAUUUAUAGAAAUUACAUGAAUAUGCCUACCACAUAUGUUUACAAAGUGUAUAAAUCAAUUUAAAGAUCAUUGCAAUGUCAGCUCGGUCAGGUAUUGUGAUAAAGUGUGUUUACUGCAAUGAAGUUAAUGUUUAUUUUUGAAAUCUGUCUGAAAGUAAAUUAUCCAAAUAUUUCUACUAUAUGUAAAAUUAUUGAGAAUUUGAUUCUAUUCUUUUAGUAGAAAUACCUUGCUAAUUCUGAUAUGUUUCCUAGGGAAAUAAAGGUUUGGUGGAUUGUGUUGCACUGAGAGAAGUGGGACUUCCUUAAUUACAUUAUACAUACAUAUAUAUAUAUAUAUAUAUAUAUGUGUAUACCUUGCCUAGACUCAGAGAUAGGUAGAAAGCAAAGGAUAUUUUCUUAAUUUCUUAAAAAUCUUAAGCAAUUUCUGAAACAAUAGUUUUGACUUGUAAGAUGCAAGGCCUUGCAGGCUAUGCUGCGUAUUCUCUGAGACUGGAGAGGUUUGAGCCAUAUGUGAACUGUGGGGAGAAACAUAAGGCAUUUAUAGUUUUCAAAUAUUUAUGUUCUUUUGAACUUGCAAGGAAUCUGUAAUUUAUUUUUUUUUUACUGCUCUCCUUCCAAAAGUUUCCAUAUAAGUGAAAGUGUUUUUUCAGGUGUUAUAAAGUAAGGUCAUUUUUAUUUAAAAUUCUGGUAGCUGUCACUAGUAAUAAUAAUGAAAAAUGCUUCUGAUGUUAAUGGAAUUUUUAACCCUUUUUCUUUUAUUUUUUAAGCAGUCACUUUUUAUGACUUUUUUGUGCUAUAAGAAAAUGGGUGAUUCUUGGGAAAGAAGGGAUUGGAAAACACAAUAUGCAGCAAAUAUCAAAUGCACAAUCUGCAAUAAAGAAGUAGAAAUCAA